AGAACAUAAGUAACUUACCAAUACUUAUGUAACAUGAUAUGAUCUACUUAUUAGAUGCCAAUUGCGACUUUGGAUGCUUCAUCAUGACUAUGCUAAGUACGGGCGGCCUCUCACCGCGGUUUCAUGAUGGGCCCUUCGACUCGAUGUCUCUGGUCCCCACAUUUGUGUCCAUAUUGGUCCUGCAGCAGUGGAAGUGAAUCGCGUCCACCGCUUUCGUCAUUGUACUUCGAUUAUUCAGCAUAUGCUGAAUAAUUGUUUCUCCGAAGUUACCGGCAAUCGUGCACAUAUUGGCAGCGAUUGAGAGCGAUGGGCUCCAGUAUAAAGCCACAAACGUCCUGCACAUAGGCAGCACAACCUCCCCUUUAUUGUCACAUAGCAAGAUCGACCUUCAUGAGUGCGAACAAACCCCUUGUGCUCGUCCUUGGUGCCACUGGGCGUACCGGGCGCAAUGUCAUCAAAGGUCUCCUGGAGUCAGGUCAAUACAAUGUUGCCGCGCUGACGCGCGCAGCCUCGGCGUCCAAACCAGAGGUAGACGCACUUCGAUCGCAAGGCGUGGAGAUCCGCACCGGCGAUUUUGCAGCCGACCCGCCAGCGAAGUUGGCAGGGUACCUCGAGGGCGUUGAGGUGCUGCUGAGCACUGUAUCCGCCGAGGCGAUCAGUGCACAGAAGCCCAUCCUGAAGGCGGCAGUGGAUGCAGGCGUGAAGAGGAUCAUCCCAUGCGACGUCGGCACUCCCGGUGCAAAGGGCGUCAGAGGUCUGCACGACGCGAAACUCGAUGUCAGAGAUUACCUCAAGGACCUCUGCGCCGCAUCCAAUGGCGUCUCCAGCUACACCUUCCUAGACAUCGGGUGGUGGAUGCAGCUUGCAGUGCCUGGCUCAUCCGCCAAGCCAGCACCGCUCGGCCCGCUCGGUGACGAAUACUACGCCGAAGACGACAAACUGAUGUUACUUACGGAUGUCGAUCACAUUGGACCAUACGUCGCGAGGAUCAUCGGCGACAAACGGACGGCGAACCAGUAUGUCGUCAUCCGGGAAGACGAGUUGACCCUUCGAGAGUCGCGGGAGAUAGCAGAGGCCGCAAGCGGAGAGGCAGAGGCCAUCCGUGCGAAGCGUGUCGUGCUCGACAGAGCCGCAUUGAUACAGCGUGCGGCCGAGAGCAAGGCGAAGUUCACGACUGACGGAGACUCCUACGCUCACGCUACGUGGGCGUUCUCUGAGUACAUGGUCAGCAUCCACUUCCUCGGGGAGAACACGCUGGCGAACGCGAAGAAGCUGGGCGCCCUCGACGCACAGGAGCUCUAUCCCGAUAUCGUGCCGACGCGGUUUGCGGAUUUUGCUAAGGAAUUCUAUGGGGCGACGCAUUGAGGCGUUCGCUCGUCUUGAGCUCACACGCUGUAUGACGCUUGCGGAAUCUGGGCGCUGGACAGCGGUGUAUGAAUGUACAGUACCAUAAUGACCAUGAAGUUAUCGCGGAGAGGCUGCGGUCAUUGGGCUGGCGUCGUCUGGGCAGCUCGGACAGCAACAUCAACAAGCUCUUGGGGCUGAGUAUGGUGAGAGGGAUUGGAAGAGAGGGGCCCGCGACGAGGGCACGCGCCGAACGACCUCUUGACAGCGAUAGUUGCGUUCAC